AGGUGUGAACUCGGACACUUCUAACCAGUUCUGAGCGCGAACCCACCUCAGCACCACGCUGUUUGUUCUCUCACUGAGUGUUUGUGUGCUUUGUCCGCGCAGUGUUUGUUCACCGCCAUGGUCAACAUCGACUGUACAUUGUGACUCCGAGAUCUGCGAAGAUUUCGAGGACUUGUGACUUCGGCUGAUGAUACAGCGAUAUUGUUGAAGAAAGAAGAUGCCUCGGCCUUGUCGCGAGUCUUACGGGGACCAGAAACCUCCGUUUUCUUACAUCUCCCUGACGGCGAUGGCCAUCUGGAGUUCUCCGGACAAAAUGCUCCCGCUGUCCGAGAUCUACCGUUUCAUCAGCGACCGCUUCCCGUACUACCGCCACAACACCCAGCGCUGGCAGAAUUCCCUCCGUCACAACUUGUCCUUCAACGACUGUUUCGUCAAGAUCCCGCGACGACCGGACCGCCCCGGCAAGGGGGCCUACUGGGCGCUCCAUCCUGCCGCCUUGGACAUGUUCGAGAACGGCUCUCUUCUGAGAAGAAGGAAACGUUUCAAGCUGAUGAAGUCCGACAAAGACAGGUUAGAAAAUGAACUGGCCGCUCUGGCAAAUAUGAACAGAUUCUUGUUCGCUCCUCCUCCGGCGCCUCCUCAACCUCUUCCGCCGCCGCCGCCACCGACGAUCCCGGUGGAGCCUCUACCUCCUGUAACCACCCUGACGUCGGUCGUCUCGGAGCCUCCCCCGAGGCCUAAGAGAGCCUUCACCAUCGAGAGCCUCAUCUCCCCCGACAAGCCUCGUAGUCCGCCACCCCCGACGAUACCUCAGCCUCCGGCGCCUUGCUACGUUCCUCCACCCCCGAUUCACCACCCCCAGCUGGUACUGCUGCCGCCCCCGCCCUACUUUCAUCCGCCACAACACGUCUUCAGAUUCAGCCCCACGCUGCGGGCCGUCUGACAUUAGAAUAAGCCGGUUUUGUAAGUAUGUAAUUUAUUCAAUGUAUAGUGUAAGUAGGAACGGAAAGUCAUUACCUCGAUGUAAUUAUAAUUUCAUCUCCAAGGGUCAAGUAAAGAAAAUUGCAUUUUAUAUGACAAUUUCUAUCAUUUCAUAAAUAUAAAGAUUGCACCUAAUGUUUUCUGGACUGUACAUUAACUGAUUCUUGAUAUUGAUCGGCUAAGUAAACAAUGUGUAUUUAAUUACAAGGAUCUGUUAAGUAAAGUAUAUUCUCAACUAUCAUCAAAGAAUACUUAAAAAAUAGGCUAACCUCACAAUAUUGUAGUGUUUGAAAUUUAUUGUUAAGAUGAACCAAUAUUGGUGUUUUCAAAUUGAAUGAAUAGUUUUUAAGUUAGUCUAUAUCCAUUAUUAAUUAAUUAUGGCCUAAA